AUGAUGUACCGUGUAAUGGGGGGAGAUCUAAAGUUGCUCCGAAAUAUCGAGCGGAACAACUUGGCAUGGAUGUCUGUCCAAGGAGGAGAGGUGAUUCAGCGGGCUUUAAUCGAACCGAUCGAUCACACAGAAAAAUACGUUUCAGGUAGAGUAAGGGAAAAAUCCGUAAGGGAUGCACUCGCGUUGAUUGUCGGAGGAAAAACAGAGCAAGAAACACCCGUAGGGUUUAUCGAUGUACUCAGCGAUACCGAGGUGAUCGAGGUGAAACAUUACACGCUGUGGAAGCACGGGCUUGGGCAAGUGCUCUCGUACCAACGACACUACCCCCACCUGGACAAGCGUUUACACCUUUUCGCACAAAUCGGAUGCAAGAAUACCGACCAGUACUUGGAGAAGGCGAAGUCAACAUGUGAUUCCUUCGCGGUAAAGGUUACAUUCGAAGAGGUUGUCGAAGACCCUGUUGAGCUCCGUAGCAACAGGGCUCGUGUUGAUAACCAGCGGGGGCAAUGGGAGGAGGGGUGGGGUGUCGACAAUCGGGUUACCGAUAAACCCGAGAGGCUAAGUCGUGCAUACCGAUCUGAGCACGGGUCCGAGCCAUUCUGGUGGAAGCACUUGUCAAUUGGAGAGAAGAGGGCCUAUGCGUCGAUGAGGGGUAAAAUCAGCAUCGCACAGGAAGAGCACGGAAUCUUGAAAGUAAGCAAGAAGGAAUUGGAGUCGAUCGGGAAUUUCAACAACCUCGAUCGAGAUGAGUUCGCGGACGGGAUCAGAAAUGUUAGAAGGCGGUUUACUGCUGCUGUCGAUGGCCCCGGUGAGGCGUUUGUUUGCGAGCAGUAG